AUGCGGUUUCUUUCGAUAUUUUUGUUGCUGAUCGUGCAACUUGUCUAUGCGGCUUGUCCAAGAGAUGGCGCUGUUGGCUCAAACGGGAAUUGCUUUUUCUCCCUUUCCUUCAAUCAAACCUCCAACCAGGCGGAACAUUUUUGCGCUAAUUAUUUCUACGCGCACACAGCUUCAAUCCAGAGUGCUUUCGACAAUCAGGUCGUUCUGAAUAUGGCAAGGGACACGAUGCCGAACGCCGCCCAGGUGUGGAUUGGCGGAACAUAUGACGGAAAUGGGAUCACGUGGAACGAUGGAUCGCCGGAUGUCUACAAGAACUUUGGGCCAAAUAGUGAUCCGGGCGACAUUGUGUUGAACUUGGCGACGGGGAAAUGGGCUACAGCCGCCUGGAAUACCAAUAUUCCGUUCAUUUGUGGCCUUGGCGGGGCAACCACAAACCCGGCAACGGCUCAGCCAACCACCAGCUGUCAACCUCCCUGUCCAGACGAAUGGGUCUACGUGGCCGAAUUCAAGACCUGCUACAAGUCGAUCUAUGGGAUCGAUUUUAGUACCGCCGAUUUGAAUUGUCGCUCGCUGGGCGGAGUGCUGGCGUCGAUUCACUCGGACGAAGAGAAUCGAGUUGUCAGCGAACUGUUCAAAGCUGGGCUCGGGACAAGCGAUGGAAACAGCGAGUUGCUGGUUGGAGGGAAACGGACUGGCCCGGGAAUCGCCGACUUCACAUGGGUUGACGGGACUCCGUGGGACUACCAUCCAUGGGCAUCUGGGCAACCGGACAACAAUAAGGGAAAUGAGUAUUGCCUUGAGAUCUGGGCCGAUCGAACGGACGCGAAUUCGCAAAAAUGGAACGAUUGCACGUGCACCAAUAAAUACCGAGCCGCCGUCUGCAAGCAGCCCGCUAAAUAU